AUGGCGCAGACAAAGGCGGCGCUCGGCGGAUCCCAUUUCGGCACCGGGGACAGCGGCGGGGCCGGGCCCACCCCGCGCACCGGGGCGCACGGCGGCACCGGGGACAGCGGCGGAGCGCGGCCGCUCUCGGCCACCGGCGCUUCCAGCGGCACCGGGGACAGCGGCGGCGGCGCCCGGCCUCAUCCCGGCCCCGGAGCGUCCGGCGGCGGCGGGGGCGGCGGCGGCUCUGGGCCUGCGGCAGGCGCCGGCGCUUCCAGCACCGGGAGCGCUGGGGCUUCCCGCGGCACCGGGGAGCGCAGCGGCACCGGGACCCCUGGGGGUGCCGGAGGCUGUGGAGGCGCCGGGAGCACCGAGCGCACCGCGUGCACCAGCGGCACCGCGAGUCCCGGGGCCACCGCGACCGCGGGGGCCGCCACGAGCCCUGGGGCCGCCAGCACCACGCGGGUCCCCGCGGGCAAGGGGCGCUCCCGCCGGCGCCGCAGCCCCAACACGGCGCCGCAGUUCCAGCCCUCCAGCUACCAGGCGUCGGUGGCGGAGAACCGGCCGGCGGGGACGGCGGUGGCGCGGCUGAUGGCGGUGGACCCCGAUGCGGGCGAGGCGGGGCGGCUGCAAUACGCCAUGGCCGCGCUCUUCGACAGCCGCUCCGACGCCCUCUUUGCCAUGGACCCCGUCACCGGCGCCGUCACCACGGCCGCCCCGCUGGACCGCGAGAGCAAGAGCACCCACGUCUUCCGAGUGACGGCGGUGGACCACGGGGUGCCGCGGCGCAGUGCCAUGGCCACGCUGACGGUGACGGUGAGCGAUGCCAAUGACCACGACCCAGCGUUCGAGCAGCCCGAGUACCGUGAGAGCGUGCGGGAGAACCUGGAGGUGGGCUACGAGGUGCUGACGGUGCGGGCCACCGACGGCGACGCCGGCCCCAACGCCAAUGUCCUCUACCGCCUCCUCAACGCCGGCGGGGCCAACGAGGUCUUCGAGAUCGAUCCCCGCUCGGGCGUCAUCCGCACCCGCGGCCCCGUGGACCGUGAGGUCGUGGAGGCGUUCGAGCUGCUGGUGGAGGCCACGGACCAGGGCCAGGAGCCGGGGCCCCGCAGCGCCACGGCCACCGUGCGCAUCAUGGUGGAAGACGACAAUGACAACGCGCCGCAGUUCAGCGAGAAGCGUUACAUCGCGCAGGUACCUGAGGACGUGGCGCCCAACUCGGCCGUGCUGCGGGUGACGGCCACCGACCGCGACAAGGGCAGCAACGCCCUGGUGCACUACAGCAUCGUCAGCGGCAACACCCGCGGCCACUUCUACAUCGACGCGCAGACGGGCGCGCUGGACGUGGUCAGCCCACUGGACUACGAGGCCAGCAAGGAGUACACCCUGCGCAUCCGCGCGCAGGACGGCGGCCGCCCGCCCCUCUCCAACAUCAGCGGCUUGGUCACUGUGCAGGUGCUGGAUGUCAACGACAACGCGCCCAUCUUUGUCAGCACGCCCUUCCAGGCCACCGUGCUGGAGAACGUGCCCGUGGGCUACUCCGUCAUCCACGUGCAAGCCAUCGACGCUGACUCAGGCGACAACGCCCGCCUGGUCUACACCCUCCUUGAGACAGGCGCCGGUUUCCCCUUCGCCAUCAACAACAGCACGGGGUGGAUCGUGGUGGCCUCUGAGCUGGACCGGGAGGCGGUGGAUUUCUACAGCUUCGGGGUGGAGGCGCAGGACCAGGGCAGCCCGCCCAUGGCAUCCUCGGCCAGCGUCAGCGUCACCAUCCUGGACGUCAAUGACAACAGCCCCGAGUUCACGCAGCGGGAGUACAGUGCCCGCCUGAACGAGGACGCGGCGGUGGGCACCAGCGUGCUCACCGUCUCCGCCGUCGACCGCGACGCCAACAGCGUCAUCACCUACCAGAUCUCCAGCGGCAACACCCGCAACCGCUUCUCCAUCACCAGCCAGAGCGGCGGCGGGCUCAUCUCGCUCGCCCUGCCCCUGGACUACAAGCUGGAGCGGCAGUACCUGCUCACCAUCGCCGCCUCCGAUGGCACCCGCCAGGACACAGCCCAGGUGGUCGUCAACGUCACCGACGCCAACACCCACCGGCCCGUCUUCCAGAGCUCCCACUACACUGUCAAUGUCAACGAGGACCGGCCGGUGGGCACCACGGUGGUGGUCAUCAGCGCCACGGACGAGGACACGGGUGAGAACGCCCGCAUCACCUACCUGAUGGAGGACAGCAUCCCCCAGUUCCGCAUCGCCCCUGACACGGGGGCUGUCACCACUCAGAUGGAGCUGGACUACGAGGACCAGGUGUCCUACACCCUGGCCAUCACAGCCCGCGACAACGGCAUCCCGCAGAAGUCUGACACCACCUACCUGGAGAUCCUGGUGAGCGAUGUCAACGACAACGCGCCCCAGUUCCUCCGCGACUCCUACCAGGGCUCCAUCUACGAGGACGUGCCUGCCUUCACCAGCGUCCUCCAGGUCUCGGCCACUGACCGCGACUCGGGCCUCAACGGCAGGGUCUUCUACACCUUCCAGGGCGGUGACGACGGCGACGGCGACUUCAUCAUCGAGUCCACCUCAGGCAUCGUCCGCACCUUGCGCCGCCUGGACCGGGAGAACGUGCCGCUCUACACCCUGCGGGCGUAUGCUGUCGACAAGGGCGUGCCGGCCAGGCGGACGCCGGUGGAGAUCCAGGUGACGGUGCUGGACGUCAACGACAACCCGCCCGUCUUCGAGAGGGAUGAGUUCGACAUCUUCGUGGAGGAGAACAGCCCCAUCGGGCUGGUGGUGGCCCGCAUCACGGCCACCGACCCCGACGAGGGCACCAACGCCCAGAUCAUGUACCAGAUCGUGGAGGGCAACAUCCCCGAGGUCUUCCAGCUGGACAUCUUCUCCGGCGAGCUCACCGCCCUGGCUGACCUGGACUACGAGGCCAAGGCGGAGUACGUCAUUGUGGUGCAGGCCACUUCGGCCCCGCUGGUGAGCCGCGCCACCGUCCACGUGCGCCUGCGGGACACCAACGACAACAGCCCCCAGCUGAGGAACUUCGAGAUCGUCUUCAACAACUACAUCACCAACCGCUCGGGCAGCUUCCCCGGCGGCAUCAUCGGCCGCAUCCCAGCCCGUGACCCUGACGUCUCUGACAGCCUGACCUACGCCUUCGAGCAGGGCAACGAGCUCAACCUGGUGCUGCUGGACCCCCGCACCGGGGACCUGCGCCUCAGUCCGGCCCUGGACAACAACCGCCCGCUGGAGGCCGUCAUGAGGGUCUCCGUCUCGGAUGGGGUCCACAGCGCCACGGCGCAGUGCACGCUGCGGGUGACGGUGAUCACGGACGAGAUGCUGAGCAACAGCAUCACGCUGCGGCUGGCCGACAUGUCCCAGGAGCGCUUCCUCUCGCCCCUGCUCAGCCUCUUCCUGGAGGGGGUGGCGGCGGUGCUGGCGGCCCCCCGCCACCGCGUCGUGCUCUUCAACAUCCAGACGGACACGGACGUGGGGGCCGCCCGCAUCCUCAACGUCAGCCUCUCGGUGCGGCUGCCGGCCUCGGCACGCGGCGCCCGCUUCUUCUCCUCGGAGGAGCUGCAGGAGCGGCUGUACCUGAACCGCUCGCUGCUGGCCGCCAUCUCGGCGCAGCGCGUGCUGCCCUUCGACGACAACAUCUGCCUGCGUGAGCCCUGCGAGAACUACAUGCGCUGCGUCUCCGUCCUCAAGUUCGACAGCUCGGCGCCCUUCCUGGCCUCCGACACCGUCCUCUUCCGCCCCAUCCACCCCGUCACCGGCCUGCGCUGCCGCUGCCCGCCCGGCUUCACCGGCGACUACUGCGAGACCGAGGUGGACCUCUGCUUCUCCAGCCCCUGCGGCAGCAACGGGCGCUGCCGGAGCCGCGAGGGCGGCUACACCUGCGAGUGCCACGAGGACUUCACCGGGGAGCACUGCGAGCUGAGCGCCCGCCGUGGCCGCUGCGUGCCGGGGGUCUGCCGCAACGGGGGCACCUGCGUCAACCUGCUGGUGGGGGGCUUCCGCUGCGAGUGCCCCCCCGGGCACUACGAGAAGCCCUUCUGCGCCAUGAGCACCCGCAGCUUCCCCCGCUCCUUCGUCACCUUCCGCGGCCUCCGCCAGCGCUUCCACUUCACCCUCGCCCUGACGUUCGCCACCAAGGAGCGGGACGCGCUGCUGCUUUACAACGGGCGCUUCAACGAGAAGCACGACUUCGUGGCGCUGGAGAUCGUCCGCGAGCAGAUCCAGCUCACCUUCUCGGCAGGUGAGACGACGACCACGGUGUCCCCGUUCGUGCCGGGCGGUGUCAGCGAUGGGCAGUGGCACCGGGUGCAGCUGCACUACUACAACAAGCCCGUGCUGGGGAAGUCAGGGCUGCCCCAGGGCCCCUCGGAGCAGAAGGUGGCCGUGGUGGCGGUGGACGACUGCGACACAGGCAUGGCCCUCAAGUUCGGCCCCAUGCUGGGCAACUACUCGUGCGCGGCGCAGGGCACCCAGUCCGGCUCCAAGAAGUCGCUGGAUCUGACGGGACCGCUGCUGCUGGGCGGCGUGCCCACCCUGCCCGAGAGCUUCCCCAUCCGCAGCCGCCACUUCGUGGGCUGCAUGCGGCACCUGCACAUCGACGAGCGCCCGGUCGACCUGGCCGCCUUCAUCGCCAACAACGGCACCGUGCCAGGCUGCCCCGCCAAGAAGACGGUGUGUGACGCCGGCACGUGCCACAACGGGGGCACCUGCGUGCACGAGUGGGACAGCUUCAGCUGCCAGUGCCCGCUGGGCUUCGGGGGCAAGACGUGCCAGGAAGAGAUGGCGAGUCCCCAGCGGUUCCUGGGCAGCAGCCUGGUGGCCUGGAGCGGGCUGGCGCUGCCCCUGACGCUGCCCUGGCACCUGGGGCUGAUGUUCCGCACGCGGCAGCCCCGCGGGUUGCUGCUGCGCGCCUCCGCCGGGCCCAUGGCCACCCUCACCCUGCAGCUGAGCGAGGGGCAGGCGGAGGCGGGCGUGUGGCAGGGGGGCUCCCGCCUGGCCUGGCUGCGGCUGCCCCACGCCAGGGUCAACGACGGCGCCUGGCACCACCUCCAGCUGGAGCUGCGGGGGGCCCCCGGCCGCGCCCCCCCAGCCACCCUCCUCCUCCUCGCCCUGGACUACGGCCGCCACCAGGCGGUGGCCGACGUGGCCGGGGGGCUGCAGGGCCUGCGGCUGCGGACGCUGAGCGUGGGGGGGCUGGCGGGGGACAGCGGCCAGGUGGAGCAGGGCUUCCGCGGCUGCCUGCAGGGCGUGCGCGUGGGCGAGACGGCGGCCAGCGCGGUGGCACUGGCGGUGGCACCGGCGGCGCGGGUGAACGUGGAGGGAGGCUGCGCCCUGCCCGACCCCUGCGACUCGGGGCCGUGCCCCCCCCACAGCUACUGCAGUGACGACUGGGACAGCUUCUCCUGCAGCUGCCACCCGGGCUACUUUGGUGACAGCUGCAUCAGCGCCUGCGCCCUCGACCCCUGCGAGCACCGGGGUGCCUGCGUGCGCAGAGCCGGUGCCACCCACGGCUACGUCUGCGAGUGUCCCCAGGGCUACUUCGGGCCAUACUGCGAGCACAAGGUGGACCAGCCGUGCCCACGGGGGUGGUGGGGCCACCCCACCUGCGGCCCCUGCAGCUGCGACGUCGCCAAGGGCUUCGACCCCGACUGCAACAAGACGACGGGCGAGUGCCGCUGCAAGGAGAACCACUACCGGCCGGCGGGCAGCGACGCCUGCCUGCUCUGCGACUGCUACCCCACCGGCUCCCUGUCCCGCCUCUGCGACGCCACCAGCGGGCAGUGUCCCUGCAAGGCCGGCGUCAUCGGGCGCCACUGCGACCGCUGCGACAACCCCUUCGCCGAGGUGACGGCGAGCGGCUGUGAAGUCAACUACGACAGCUGUCCCCGUGCCAUCGAGGCCAGCAUUUGGUGGCCACGGACGCGCUUCGGGCUGCCUGCUGCUGCCCCGUGCCCCAAGGGCUCCAUCGGCACGGCGGUGCGUCACUGCGACGAGCACAAGGGCUGGCUGCCCCCCAACCUCUUCAACUGCACCUCGCUGGCCUUCGCCGCCCUCAAGGGCUUCGCGGAGCGGCUGGUGCGCAACGAGUCGGUGCUGGACACGGCGCAGUCGCAGCGGGUGGCCCUGCAGCUGCACAACGCCACGCGCCACACGGCCGCCUACUUCGGCAGCGACGUGCGCCUGGCGUACCGGCUGGCCGCCCGCCUGCUGCAGCACGAGAGCGCCCAACGCGGCUUCCGACUGGCCGCCACGCAGGACGUCCACUUCACCGAGAACCUGCUGCGGGUGGGCAGCGCCCUGCUGGACGCCAGCAACAAGCGGCACUGGGAGCUGAUCCAGCAGACGGAGGGCGGCACGGCCUGGCUGCUGAAGCACUUCGAGGACUACGCCAGCGCCCUGGCGCAGAACAUGCGCCAGACCUACCUCAGCCCCUUCACCAUCGUCACCCCCAACAUCGUGGUGUCGGUGGUGCGGCUGGACAAGGGCAGCUUCGCGGGCGCCCGGCUGCCACGCUACGAGGCGCUGCGGGGGGAGAAGCCCCCCGACCUGGAGACCACCGUCAUCCUGCCCGAGAGCGUCUUCCGGCCCCCCGAGGGCAGGCACCACCCCACGGGGCAUGGGAAGCCACUGCCGAGCCCGGGAGGGCAGGAGGAGGAGGACGAGGAGGAGGAGGAGGAGGAGGAGGAUGAAGAGGCUGCAGAGGAGGAGGACGAGGAGGAGGAGGUGACCUUGGUGACCCGGCACAAGCGGCACCCGGAGCUGAGCGAGGGCCAGGCCAUUGCCAGCGUCAUCAUCUACCGCACCCUGGCCGGGCUCCUGCCCGAGCAGUACGACACCGACAAGCGCAGCCUCAGGGUGCCCAAGCGGCCCAUCAUCAACACGCCGGUGGUGAGCAUCAGCGUGCACGCGGCGGCAGGGCGGGCGCCGCGGGCGCUGGAGAAGCCGAUCACGCUGCAGUUCCGCCUGCUGGAGACCCAGGAGCGCUCCAAGCCCAUCUGCGUCUUCUGGAACCACUCGCUGCUGGCGGGCGGCGCGGGCGGCUGGUCGGCGCGGGGCUGCGAGGUCGUGUUCCGGAACCAGAGCCACGUCAGCUGCCAGUGCAACCACAUGACGAGCUUCGCCGUGCUCAUGGACAUCUCCCGGCGAGAGAACGGGGAGAUCCUGCCGCUGGCGGCGCUGACCUACGCCUCGCUGGGGGUGGCGCUGGCGGGGCUGCUGCUGGCCGUGCUGGUGCUGGGCGCCCUGCGGGGGCUGCGCUCCAACCGCCACAGCAUCCGGCGGCACGGCGCCACCGCCCUGCUGCUGGCGCAGCUCGUCUUCCUGCUGGGCAUCAACCAGGCCGACCUGCCGCUGGCGUGCACGGUGGUGGCCAUCCUGCUGCAGUUCCUGCACCUGAGCGCCGUGGGCUGGGCGCUGCUGGAGGCGCUGCACCUCUACCGGCGUCGCAGCGAGCCGCGGCACGUCGACCGCGGGCCCAUGCGCUUCUACCACGUGCUGGGCUGGGGGCUGCCCGCCUUCAUCACCGGGCUGGCGGUGGGGCUGGACCCCGAGGGCUACGGCAACCCCGACUUCUGCUGGCUCUCCAUCCACGACAGCCUGGUCUGGAGCCUGGCGGGGCCCAGCGCCUGCGCCGUGGCGGUCGGCGUCUUCUUCCUCGUGCUGGCGGCCAGGGCCUCCUGCGCCGCCCCCCAGGGCUUCGAGAAGAAGGGCACGGGCUCCGGGCUGCAGACGGCGCUGGUGGUGCUGGUGCUGCCCAGCCUGGCCUGGCUGCUGGCCCUGCUCGCCGUCAACAGCGACGCCAUCCUCUUCCACUACCUCUUCGCCAUCUCCAACUGCCUCCAGGGCCCCCUCAUCUUCCUCUUCUGCGUGGUGCUGAGCAGGGAGGUGCGGCAGAGCCUGCGCUCCAGCUGCGCCCGUGCCCGCGGCCCCGACCCCGCGCUGGCCACCAAGUCCACCCUGACCACCGCGUACAGCUGCGACACCACCUACGUGGCCGGCCGGCUCUACCAGGCGCCCUUCGGGGACUCCACGGGCUCCCUGCACAGCGUGGCCAAGAGCCAGCACAGCUACAUCCCCUUCGUGCGCAGGGAGGACGCGGGGCUGAGCGGCGGCCGCGUGCAGCCGGCGCUGGCCGAGCCGGGCGGGCUCCUCCUGGACGCCGCGGAGCAGCAGCACGAGCACGACACCGAUUCCGACAGCGACCUGUCGCUGGAGGAUGACCCCAGCGGCUCCUUCGGCUCCACGCACUCCUCCGACAGCGAGGACGAGGCCGCCGGUGCCGGCUGGGACGCGCUGCUGCGCCCCGAGCAGCCGCCCGCACCCACGGCGCCCCCGUCCCCACCCGCAGGUGACAGCCCGGUGGCCCCGGCGCGGCCAUACUGGCCCGGGGAGUUCGUGACGACGGCCAGCGAGAGCGACGGGCACGGGGGCUCGGAGACGCUGCGGGUGGAGCCGGCGGCGGGGGGCGAGGCGCCCCCAAGACCCCCCCCGCUGCUGCCGCUGCCUCACCCCCACAAAGGCAUCCUGAAGAAGAAGAGCUUGCCCCCCAUCAGCGAGCGCAGCACCCCGCGCCCCGCGCAGCCCGCGCCCCCCCCGCCGCCCCCCGCCGGCACCGCCGCCUCCUCGGGCAGCGAGGGCAGCCGCGGAGGGGGCCCCGGGGCGCCCCGGCCCCGCCAGAGCCUGCAGGAGCAGCUCAGCGGCGCGGCGCCCAUCGCCAUGAGCAUCCGGGCGGGCACCGUGGACGAGGACUCCUCCGGCUCCGAGAGCGACGAGACCUCCAUUUAACGGGGACCCGGCGGGCACCACCCCUGCUCCAGGGACACCGGGGGGGUGGCACUGGGAGGGGGGGGGGCACGGAGUCGCACCCCCCCAUUGCACUUUGGACCUUGCCCCACGCCCAGCAGGGGUUUGCCCCCCCAUACACCUCGGGGGCCAUGGGGCAGUUCCGCCGGCAUGGGGUGCCCCCCCCCGGUGCCAUGGGGCACCCCCAGGAAUUGUCCACGGCACUGAUGCCCGAUGGAGGGUUUUAUUUAAAAAAUACAUGAAAAAUA